AGAGAAAGAGAGAGAGAGAGAGAGCUGCUCACCCACUGGAAAACGGAAAUGUUCAGUGUGAUAAGAACAGCUUACAUAGCUCACUCUGACAACUCACUACCUUAUUUUUCAACAUGGUAGUGGUUUGGCAAUCCUAAAAUUUUUACCUGCCUUUUUUCCUUUAGCCUUCAUCAUUUUUCUUUUGGCACUCCUCUCUCUCACUCUCUCUCUCUCUGUCUCUCCCUCUGUCUUUCUCCUCUUGCUUUCUCUGUGUCUCCCACUCUCUCCUUUCUGUCUGUCUCUUUCUUUGCCCCUUUCCCCCCAUGUCUCUCCUUUAUUACUUUUUGAGGGAAGUUAAUGAGGAUUGAACUGGUUGUUUUCAGAAAAAGGAGCUGUAUCGAUGCACAGAUCAGUAGCAUCCUUUUGGAGUGGCUGUCACAUGAAUUCUUUGGAGACUUCUGAAGAAAAGAGAAAGAAACUGAAACGGAAAGAAUGAAUUAAUCAUCGCUAUUAACACAGCAUCUGCAAGAGACCUGACUGGGGUGAUUAAGAGCUUCUAUCAGCACUGGAUAAAACAGUAGGAAACGUCAUCCCUACCCUGCCUAAAAGAUCAAUUGUGAGAAGAAAAGAGUCAUUUGUAAAGGACACAUCUGACACAGAUUAUCAUUAAUGGAUCAUUUGUUGGAUGCCUUCUCAUACGAAUUUAUCAAAAAUUUCAUUGAAGACCUACAGUUUUAUUUGGUGACAGAUAUUUUAUAUCUGGGUGUACCUAUUACAGACCUGCAGUGGGAUAAGAUUCAAGUUUGUUGGUUUUUCCUCUACUUCAAUUUCAAUACAGAUCUGAAAGGGUCUCAGAAAACAAGACCCACCAAGGAAAAUCAUCCCAGAAUAGUAGCAGACCCACUGUGCCCUGAAGGAAACCUUUCUUCUGUGUGGGUCAAGCCAAAAAUAAGCCCCACGAAAUAUCCUUCCAAAUACCUGUAAAGUGAUGAUUAUCUUAUGGCAAUUUGAAAAGCUGAUUAUGACAUAGUUCAGAACCAAAUAGAAGAUAUCCAACUGGCAUGAUGUCCCAAAGGCCUCACUAAAAAAUAAACAAAAGAAGAAAAAUUUACCAAUGUUUUAUGUGUGCUUGCAAAAUAGAUUUUCCUAGUUAUCAUAGACAAAUCUAAGGCAAAUAUACAAUCAUUUUUGAAAAGUUCCCAAAUCAUAUGUAAAGGCAAGCAAUUGUGGCAAAAAGUUGUCUUAUACUCUGUCUUUCUGACUCAUUGACCAGCCAUCUUGUGGAAAGUGCAGCUGUUACUUAUGGAUUUAGACUCUGAAUGACCAUUAGGCAAAGACAGUUUCUCUAGAAAUAAUCAUGAUUGAUAAUUAUACAUGUAACAAGACUGAUGGAGACAAUACAGAUUUUCGGUAUUUCAUUUAUGCAGUGACAUACACUGUUAUUCUUGUGCCAGGUCUCAUAGGGAACAUAUUAGCCUUGUGGGUAUUUUAUGGCUAUAUGAAGGAAACCAAAAGGGCUGUAGUAUUUAUGAUAAAUUUAGCCAUUGCUGACUUAUUACAAAUUCUUUCUCUGCCACUGAGGAUCUUCUACUACUUGAACCAUGACUGGCCAUUUGGUCCUGGUCUCUGCAUGUUUUGUUUCUAUCUGAAAUAUGUUAACAUGUACGCAAGCAUCUACUUCUUGGUCUGCAUAAGUGUACGAAGAUUUUGGUUUCUCAUGUACCCCUUUCGUUUCAAUGACUGCAAGCAAAAAUAUGACUUGUAUAUCAGCAUUUUCGGCUGGCUUAUUAUCUGCCUUGCUUGCCUACUAUUUCCUCUCCUCAGAACCAAUGAUGAUACCGCAGGCAACAGAACCAAAUGCUUUGUGGAUCUUCCUACCAGGAAUGUCAAUCUGGCCCAAUCUGUUGCAAUGAUAACUAUUGGAGAGUUGGUUGGGUUUGUUACUCCUCUUAUGAUUGUCCUAUACUGUACCUGGAAAACAGCUUUAUCAUUACAAAAUAAAUACCCCAUUUCUCAACAUCUUGGAGAGAAAAAGAAAGCCCUGAAGAUGAUUCUGACCUGUGCAGGGGUAUUUCUAAUUUGCUUUGCACCUUAUCACUUCAGCUUUCCUUUAGAUUUCCUGGUUAAGUCUAAUGAAAUUAAAAGCUGCCUAGCCAGAAGAGUUAUUCUAAUAUUUCAUUCUGUGGCUCUGUGUCUGGCAAGCCUGAAUUCCUGCCUUGAUCCGAUCAUAUAUUAUUUCACCACUAAUGAGUUCAGAAGACGUCUUUCAAGGCAAGAUUUGCCUGAGAGCAUCCAACUUCAUACAAAAUCAUACAAAAUUGUGAGUAACCAAACCAUUUCUACAAUGGGAAAUGAUCUAUGUUAAAUAAAAUCCAGAACUAAAUGUGGCCUAGAAUGAAAGUACAGAACACAUUUGCAAUACCCCAUCAACAAGGUAGCACUCACAGAAAGUAGUAAAAUCUUUUAAAUGUGUUCUAUAUUACUUGAGUAGGGAAUGCACAUAUUUAUUACAGGACCUAGUUAGAACAUUAUGUUUCAACAUCAUUGCUGGUGACAUGUCUAUGCAGCAAUGUAUGACCAAGUCUUUAAGACUUAAGUGGUAAAAUUUUGAUAAUACUCUAUGCACAUAUGAUCUCAUCUAGAGACAUCAGCAUUAUCUGUGAACCUAAGUCACAAAGAGAUUACUAGCUCAAGAUCACCCUAAGUACUGACUUUUCUUACCUUGGAUGAUGAAUAUAUAUGUUCAGAGAGAUUGCAAUAUCUAUUUGUAGUGGUGGUCACAAUUUACAUUCCAACAACAUUUGGUUAUGUUUAAAAUGCGAUGGACAAUACUUUAUGUACACAUAACAUUACAAAAAUAGGAUGAUCUUUAAUCUCUGAGGUGUAUUCCAUUCUAUGAUUUGAAAACUCCUAUGCUUGGUUUCUUUGGUUAGUGUCAAUAUAAAAUAUCAUCUGUCACAUCUAAUCAUUGAAUGGAAUUAUGAAAUAAUGCUUUGGUAUAUUUAAACUAAGAACAACAAAACAGUCAUGACACAUAAUAAUCAUCUGUUAUUGUAUAAAAUGCUACACUGAGUAUUCUCAGAGCAGAUAGUUUUCUAGAGUCAACUCAAUAUGACUUAGAUGGCCUCUAAGCUUAAGAGAAAGGAAACAGGUGACAAUCACUGUUCUGGCUCUCUUAAACUAGAUACAAAGAGCACCUUCAGAAAUGUAUAAACCUGCCUAGUAGAGGGAUUUUUAUAGUGUUUUAGAAUUACAUCGAGGAAAUCUAACAGGCUACUGCACUUACUGAGUCUAUGGAAGUAACAGUGCACCAUUAAUCACUAAACUUGCUCCAGAAUGAAAAAAAUGAAGCAAAGUGAAGCAUAUCUAUUAAAAUCAUCACUAUUGUAGUUCAUUCCUCAAGCUAAGUGGUGCCUGUCAAUGCAUCUACAAAAACUAGAGUAGGGCUUGAAGACACUGGUCAUGUAGACUUUCAAGUCUACAUUUUUUCAGUUAAGAUGUAUGAAUAUAAAACCUACACGGAUUACCUCUCAGAAACUGUUGAAAGCAAUUCUUUCACCUUUUGAGAAAAGUGUAGAUCAUUCUAUCAGCCUUAGGCACUCCUUACAAAAGCUUUGCCUAUUACCGACUGGGUACUAUUGGGCAGGAAAAACUGGGGAAUGUGGUUGUAAGUACUGGGAUAGUCUGAAUUAUGAUAUACAUUAUAAAUUGCAUUAAAAUGUUUUAAUAAGGAAAUGAAAAUAGAACACACUCUUCUUUACAUUGAGAAAAAUACAGAAACUAAGCAAAGAUUUUUAUUUCCAGAAAAAUAGGGUAGUUUUAGAUAUAUAGUUAAUUAUACUAUAUGUGUGUGGGGAAGUUGGUUAAAUCACCAUUAAUUCUAACUACCAAUACUACUGGAAAACUUCUAAAGUGUUGUCUGAGCAAGUAUUGAUUAUGCUUGUAUAUUUUAUGAAAAAAUACUGGAUUAGGAAAGUGACCUUGUGCUGCUAGCAACAGUAUAUUUAUGUAUUUCCUAGCUAUUCCUUGUAAUGUACAUAUGUUUUUGGUGUAUUAAAUAAGUGUGACAUUUUAUUUUCAAAAGAAACUAUAAGUGUGUUUGGUCUGUUUGUUUAAAGUGAUUUCUGUUUGAGUGCAGUUUGUGUUGUAAUGAGAUUACAAGUAAUCAUUUGUGGAACUACAAAACAACUGUGGGUGCUUGGAAUAGAAAUUCUUCUUAUAAUAUCUACACCUACUAUUUUUUGUAGCAUGUAUUACACUUAUUAAAGUCACUAUGAGAUCACUGUUUGAACUUUUUCUAACAUUGAUUUCACUAUAAUCAUACUAUUUUUCAGUAUUUCUAGGAUACUACUGACAAUCUUGGAGUGUUUGAGGGUAUAUCUCACUUGUUAAGCUGUCCUUUUACAUCUUUACGUAAAAGAAAAGUGUGUAAUGAUUUUUUGCUAUUAAUCUAUGCAGAUAUGCCCAUCUGGGUUUGUAUUCAGCAACUGGCUUUCCUGAGUCUUCAUCUUCCUCAUUGAUAUAUUUGAAUUUUGCUCUAUCUCCUUCCCCUCUGAUCAACUUAUUCACAAUAAGGUGCUAAUUAUUAAUGUUAACUUCAUAUUAAUUUACCAAAAAACUCCUGAAGUUCAUAUCAUAGGAAUAAGCAUUAACAUGAAGUGGUGACAUUCAAUGGAGAGAUUGCAGGCACGGGAAGAUGAGCUGGGAGUAAAGACACUGCAAAGAGUGUCUUAUAGCAAUCCUUUCAAAUAAUGCAUUACAGAUGACAAUAUACUUUGCUUCUCAUUAUGAGGUUGCUAAAUUCCAAGAAAUAUCACCAUGAACAUGAAUAUAAAUUGCCAAGAUUUUUUUCUUUAAAUUUUAUUUUUCCUUCUCUCCCUUCUAAUACCAGAGUCAGCUUCUAGAGAAAAAUCUAAUGUAGGAGAGAAAUAGUAUUUCAGGUACUACUAAGCAGUUGCCUGUUUUCCGUUGUUCCACUCUCCUUGGAAAGUCUCUUCUUCAGAUCUCUUAUUUAUCAUUUUGAGUUCUAUAUGACUAAAUACAAAAAGAUCCGUAAUUGUGGUAGAGUAAAGUUAAAGAUAAAUCAUCUCAUAUUUCUUUUAUAAAGUUUUUAAAUUUUAGUCUCAAAAAUAAGCAAAUUAUUUGAAUAAAAAUUUUAAUACAGAAUGUUUUUGUGCUAUUAGUAUUGUCUUUUUAUUGCUUAUACUAUUUUAAUGAAAUGGUUUGUGUGUUAUGUAUUUUCAUUGUCAUGCAAUAAAACACCAAAUUCUAUUAGCUGGUGGUUCAUGAAGAGGAGCUCUUUGCCUUACAAACAACCAUGCUCUGUAAGGAUUCAUCAGUGAAACUCUAUACAGCUUCAUUUUUAUGCUUCCUUUUGGGUUACCUUCCAAGAUACUGUGAAAUGUCGUAGCUGGAGUUUAUUUAUGGCUCUUAUUUAUCAUAUGAAUUUUAAUAAUAAAGGUUGUCUCUAAUA